GUCCCGUCAGUCUGUGCGCGGCCGGCCCGGCCUGGGAGGGGAGGCGAUCCCGGGCGGGCCGGAACCGAACCGCGUCAUGGACCGACCCCCGGACCUGUUCGAUGCCAUCGUGAUGGCGGAGGAGAGAUACCGCGGCGAAGGCUUCCAGGAGGGCUACGCCGAGGGCCGCUGUCUGGGCCUGGCCGAGGGCCGCCGGGCGGGAGUGGUCCGGGGGGCCAGCAUUGGGUCAGAGAUCGGGAGCUACCGAGGCUUCGCCCUGACAUGGAAAUGUCUGCUCUCGGAGAGCACCACGGACAAGGACAGGAAGAAGGCCAAGAUGCUGGACUCGCUCCUCGGGAUGGUGCAGAGGUUCCCGUACGCCGACCCCACUCACGGCCAGCUCCACGAAGACCUGGACCGGAUUCGGGGGAAGUUUAAGCAGGUCUGCUCGCUGCUGAGUGUUCAGCCCGACUUCCACGUCAGCCCCGGAGGCUCCGCCCUUUCCUUUUGAGCAGGGCCGGGCACAGAACAGCCGUCUGCGCGUGGUGAGGGGACCUUCCCGAAGGCCGGGCCGGGUCUCGCCGGGAAGGCACCGGCCGACAGGCCCUGGGUGUCACCUCAGGGAUGCGUUUGCACUGUGGCCUUCUGGGAACUGGGCCCGAGCUCCUUCAAACAGCCCCUUCCUGCUUCCUGCGAGCCUCUCUGAUCCCCUCGUUGGGGGGCCGGGUCCCUCGGCCUCCAGAAGCCAGUCGCGGGAUCCGAGGGCAGAGAAGGGAGAAGCAAGUCGAGAAUCCCUCCCGGGCAGCCCCGGGCUGACUGGGACCCGAGCAGGCUUCCGAGGGAAGGGGGACCAGUCAGUGGCUCUAGCAAGUUCUACCCUGGCCUUGCUUCGUCUCCAGGUGGCCAAAGACGGCAAAAGCUGCUGAAGCACGAUUAAACUUGUGCCAUGA